CUCCACGAACUGCCCCUCCAUGAAUUGCCCCUCCAGGAACUGCCCCUCCAACAAGCUCUGACUGCGUCACUCAUUCACCCGCCCUUGAAAAAAUACAGAAAAUCCCCCAAUAAAUAAAAUAAUACGAAAUGCCCCUCCAAGACAGCUACACCCUCCCGGCGGCCGCCGACAUGCACGUGCACCUGCGCAACGCGCCGGGGCCGAUCGCGUCGCUGGUGACGCCAACCAUCCGCCGGGCCGGCAUCGACACCGUCUUCGUCAUGCCCAACCUGGCCCCGCGGCCCGUCGUGUCGGUCGCCGAGGCCCUGGCCUACCAGCGCGCGCUGCAGGCCCUGGAUCCCGAGGUCACCUAUCUCAUGUCGCUGUAUCUGCAUGAGAGCAUCACGGUCGAGGAGAUUAGACGGGCGCGGGAGGCGGGCAUUAAGGGGGUUAAGGCGUAUCCCCGCGGCGCAACCACCAACUCGCAGUGGGGCGUGGUGUCGUUCGAGCCGUUCCACGACGUGCUGCGGGCGAUGGAGGAGGAGGGCAUCGUGCUGAAUCUGCACGGCGAGGUGCCCAGCAGCGCGGCCGACGGCGUGACCGUGAUGAACGCCGAGGUCCGCUUCCUGCCGGUGCUGAAGGAGCUUGCCGCGAAGUAUCCGCGGCUGAAGAUCGUGUUGGAGCACUGCACGACGGCGGACGCGGUGGAGGCGGUCAGGUCGCUGGGCGACAAUGUCGCGGGCACCAUCACCGCUCACCACCUUUCCCUCCUGGUCGACGACUGGGCCGCCAAUGUGCACCACUACUGCAAGCCAUCAGCCAAGUCCCCCGAGGACCGCCGCGCCCUGCUCAACGCCGUCGUCACCAGCAACGGCAAGUUCUUCCUCGGCACCGACAGCGCCCCCCACAACAUCACCGCCAAAAAGGGCAAAGGCAACACCGCCGCAGGCGUCUUCACCCAGCCCUACGCCCUCGGCUAUGUCCUGACCGCCCUCGACGAGGCCCUGGCACGAGGCGACCUGCCGCCGGGCUCCGUGACCGACGGCGCGCUGCGCGGCUUCCUGUCCGAGUACGGGCGCGCGUUCUACGGCGUGGCGCCGGCAGCGCGGCAGAUCCGGCUCACGCGGGGCGGCGCGCGGAUCGCGGAGUCGCUGAAAGGUGAAGAUAAGGGCGAGGGCGAGGGCCGGGUCGAGGUCGAGGUCGAGGUCGUGCCGUUCCGCGCCGGGGAGGAGACCUGGGCUGUGGAGUGGUUGUAGGAAGUCGUGUAGGCUGGGUUGGCGAAGAACGGUGUGAGU